GACUACAUGUUCAAGCUGCUGAUCAUCGGCAACAGCAGCGUGGGAAAGACCUCAUUCCUCUUCCGAUAUGCAGAUGACUCAUUCACUUCAGCGUUUGUCAGCACGGUGGGCAUCGACUUCAAAGUCAAGACCAUCUACAGGAACAACAAGCGGGUCAAGCUACAGAUCUGGGACACAGCUGGGCAGGAGCGCUACCGGACUAUCACCACAGCUUACUACAGAGGAGCCAUGGGAUUUCUGCUCAUGUACGAUAUCACGAGCCAGGAGUCGUUCUGUGCUGUUCAGGACUGGGCAACACAAAUCAAGACUUACUCGUGGGACAACGCUCAGGUGGUGCUGGUGGCCAAUAAGCUGGAUUUGGAAGAUGACAGGCAGGUGCCGACUGAAGAUGGCAAAAGACUGGCCAAAGAGCUCGACUUCCAUUUCUUCGAGGCCAGUGCCAAAGAUAACAUCAACGUGAAGCAGGUCUUUGAUAAGCUGGUGGACGUCAUCUGCGAGAAGAUGAACGAGAGCGUCAACGGUGAUGCCAAUCCGGCAACCAAUCACAAGGGAGAUGGCCUGAAGGACACACCCAACAGCAGUUGGGGUGGCUGUGCAUGCUGAUUACUGAUUGUAAAACCUGAUAAAACAGGUUUAAUAAUUAAAUAUAGGUGCCCACACUUACAUAGAUGACCAGAAUUGCCUCUAAAUCUUUCAUUGUGAUUGUACUUUACCAAAUGUUACUGCAGCGCAAUCAUGGAUGCCUGGCGUUCAGUUUCUUUUUUUCUUUUUUUUUAUAUUUCUUUUUGUUCCUGGUUUUCUUGACUCGGUGGUGAUUCAAGGAUCGUCUUUGUAAUCCCAAUGUAACUGUUACACUAAGAUGCCAAAGAGCUCCACUGAGCAGCCUUUUCUCUUUAUCGUUUCCUGUUCACACAGUGCAGUGAACAGCACCUGUUGCAGGUCAGGAUGUGAAAGAAAGCCAUGUGCCAGACUGAAAUUGCAUGGGUAAUCACCCCGAUUGACUUGUGUCAUGCUACCCCCUAGUGGGCGUCGCGCAAAACUGCAUCACUGUGACUUCUGUUGAAAUUGCCUGUUGUAAACCAAAUGAGCAAGAAGGUACAGUACAAAGUCUAACAUAUUUGAAAGCUGAGAUCACACACGCCUGAUAGCCCUGCGUGAGUUCCAGUUAAUAAACCACACUUUUUGUUGGAUGUUUUAUAGGAAUAUAAUCAUCUGUUGUGUUUAAGUAAUGUAUUUGUUUUUUUAUUUUUAUACAUUUAAUUAUUAAUGUUAGUCCAAAGUUAAAAUAAAGUUGAAAUUAAAAGAAAGGAAUAUGUAUGUUAUGUCUGUUGGCCUCAUUUGUAUGAAAACAUUUCAUGUAUAGUUUUGUAAUUUGUUUUUAAAUGGAUGAGUCAUUGCUUGGAAAGACAGUUUUCUCCAGUGAAUUAUCAGAAAGGAGAUAAAACACUGUGAGUGGCCGGCACACUUUUGUGUUACUGUGUUAUAGACAUUUAAUUGGUGUAGUUUUGCUUAGGUGGUAUUAGAACAAAUUGCCCAUAGGUGUGAAUGUGAGCGCGAAUGGAUGGAUGGUAUUAGAACAAACACCUCUACCUGACAGAACACCUUUGGGCUGAAUCAUAGCACAGACUCCGGGCCGGACCUUCUCAGGGUUCACUUCUGGAAGAAUGGUCAAAAAUUCCCAUAGAUACACUAACUAACCCUUACGGAAUUAUAUUAAGCCCUAUGGAUUAAGAAUUGGAUGUCACUCAAGUUCAUAUGCAGAUGAUCAAAUACUUUUGGCAAUAUAGCGUAUGCGCUUCAAAGGUAGCUUUUAAUGCAUGAAGGGUAAAUUUUGCGCACUGAUAUUUUAAAGCUAUUAUACAAAAGAAAUGUCAUUUUGAGGGAGCCGGGAAGGAACCAGUGCUGAAUCAGAUUAAGUACUUAAUAAAACAUUCCCAAAAGUUUCCAUGCAGUGUUGAAAUCAUUCACUAAUCAAUAGCACGACAAAUCAAUAAAGUCAUAAAUAUUAUCGUAAAAAUGUUCCACGAGUAAACCAGUUAUCGUUUAUCAUGACAGUUUUAAUUGUUCAAUGACAUCACACUGGACUUCCUACUGUGUUUUAAUAGUGAACCUUUUACUUUGACCAUGACCUGCAUUGAUUUGAUCACCAUGGUUUCUUUGAUUGGACUGAUCACCAAGAAAGAUCUUAUUGUGUAAAGCACAAUUGUGAUUGUGUGAGUCGUGUUUGUUAUGAAAAACCUGAAUUAUUAAUUGAAUUUUAAAUUAGUAUUUUUUUCAGCCCUUGAUGAGUUGCAAGAAAACAAUGAAACCAGGAAGUUUUGGAAAACAUGCUUCCCAG